AUGGUUUUCGGUGGCGCGUUGGCCAGACUCUUCCGCGGGGCCUUGGGGCAUCCGCGGAUUACGGGCGGGGGCGCGGCGAUUUUACGGACGGGCGCGGGUUUAGGCGACGGAGUUGCGCGGCGGGGGGAGUCUGGUGAGACCACGACCUUGGGUCGCGACUCGGUCGCGGCCUUGGGCUGCUUCGGCGCCGUGGACGGUUCCACGGCGCGGGCGCGUUUUUUGCCGCGCGCGACGACGGUAGUGAACCCAUCCGAGGGUCCGGGUUCCGGGCCUGCGGCCGACUCAAACUCCAUCUCCGACUCGGUGUCGGAGCCGGAGCCUGAUGCCGCGCAAGACGCGAUCGACGCGGGCGCGGGGGUGGGGGGGGACAGCGGCGAGUCAGGGAUUGCACAACAACAAGCUCGAACUGUUUUUGAGAUUCAAGGUCGCGACGCCAGCGACAGCGCGUCGAGAAUGCACAACAAUGUCGCGAUCAAUGCGACAACGACAAUGUCGGGCAACUCACAACUCACGUUCGCGACGGCAGCGACAAUUUUUCACAAAAACGCAUCCGGACCAAAUGGUGUUGCAAUCGGAACUGUUUUUUGA